CAGUAAGCAAAGCUAGGAUGAGUGAUGAGUGUGGUCCAUUAAGAACCGUAAAAAGUGUCAUUAACAUAAAAUCCAACCAAUAAAUGGUGUUAUUUGCAGUUGGAUCAAUACAUCAUCAUCAUCUAUUACAUCAAUUACCAGGAACAAACCCAUCAUUAUCAACAUCCAUAUUACCCGUAACCCUUUCCAAAUUUGUGUUUUCUUCAAACAAAUUCUCAUUUUCUCCAUCAGUUUCUGCUACUAAUUCAGCUAAAUUUGUAGUGAGAGUACAUAAAUAUUCAGAAUCACCCGCAACAACGCCACUCACACCAACAACAAUGGUGAAAGCAAUCAGGAUUCAUCAACUUGGAGGUCCAGAGGCACUGAAAUGGGAGGAUGUAGAAGUAGGAGAACCGAAGGAGGGUGAGAUUCGUGUGAGAAACAAAGCAAUUGGGCUUAAUUUUAUUGAUGUUUACUUCCGCAAGGGAGUGUAUAAGGCUCCAAUGAUGCCCUUCACUCCAGGAAUGGAAGCAGUUGGAGAAGUGGUAGCUGUAGGUCCUGGACUAACUGGCAGACAAGUGGGAGAUUUUGUUGCUUAUGCUGGUAGUCCAAUGGGUUCAUAUGCGGAGGAGCAGAUCCUUCCCGCUGACAGAGUUGUCCCUGUUCCACCUUCGGUUGAUCCUAUCACUGCCGCAUCUAUCAUGCUCAAAGGAAUGACAGCCCAAUAUCUAGUCCGUCGGAGCUUCAAGGUUGAACCUGGUCAUACUGUUCUUGUUCAUGCCGCUGCUGGAGGAGUAGGUUCUCUGUUAUGCCAAUGGGCAAAUGCCCUUGGGGCUACAGUCAUUGGAACUGUCUCAACAAAAGAGAAAGCAAUUCAAGCUAAAGAGGAUGGUUGCCACCAUGUAAUUAUCUACAAGGAAGAAGAUUUUGUGUCUCGUGUUAAAGAGAUAACAGCGGGCAAAGGGGUAGAAGUUGUAUAUGAUUCUGUUGGAAAAGACACUUUUCAGGGAUCACUAGAUUGCUUGAAACUACGGGGAUAUAUGGUUCUAUUUGGUCAGUCAUCAGGUGCUCCAGACCCUGUUCCAUUGUCAGCAAUAGCAGCAAAGUCCCUCUUUUUAACAAGACCCACCCUUAUGCAUUACACCAUAACACGUGAUGAGCUUCUAGAAACGGCUGGAGAGUUAUUUGCAAACGUUGCUUCAGGUGUUCUCCGUGUCCGUGUUAAUCACAAGUUUCUGCUGUCACAGGCAGCUGAGGCUCAUACAGCACUUGAGAAUCGUCAGACGACUGGAUCCGUUGUGCUGAUACCAGAUGCUUCACUUUGACAUGCCUUGGUAUUUAGAAAAUUGUAUGCUUUUCAGUUGUUUGUGAUGUGGGAUGUAUUAGGACAUUUUUGAGAUUGUGCAACGAGUGCGAUGUAUUUAUAAGGAUAUUUUCUUUUCUAUGUUUUUAUCGUUCAAGCAUUCUCAGGUAA